AUGAGCGACUACGGCGACGACUAUUCCGAUUACGGCGACGAUUGGCUGUAUGUCGAGGAUGAAUACAUGGCUGCGGACGACCUGGCAGAACAUGCAAUCGCAUCACCACCCCCGACCGCUUACGGCGACGACGACAACAGCGCCGACUGGGAUCGCUUCGACUACUUCAACGAUAUUGAAUAUGGCUCAGACGGCUACGACGAUGCAGCCACUGUGGUGCAUGAUGGCAAGGCCACAAACACUGGCCAGAAGAGAAAGCGUGGGGUCCAGCAAACACGUAGCAACAAGAGGCGGUUGACAGAGGAUGCAGACCUCAAGACCGACACGGUCCAACUGGAGCAUUCACCUGUCGUCUGGAGGUCUCAAGCAGAACGUGAACCAGAGGUGGCAGUCUUGGAUGAGAACGCGCCGUCAUAUUCGUUACUAAAGGACUGGAGGGAAAAGAUGGUGAAUACACCCCGUUGGACGUGCGCUUCAUCAUCAGCAAAGUCCCCAAGCGCACGGGCAUCGAGAGUGGGCAAGGGCAAGGGCAAGGGUGCAAUCACCUGUGUGUCUGCUCCCGUAUCACCACCUUAUAACGAAGAGGAAGAAGAGGACGAGGAAGCAGGUGUGGACCUUGAAGAAAAUGACACAGAAGCCCCUGUGGAUGGGAUAAGCCAGGAUGCUCUCAUGGCAGCACUACAACGACAGCUUGCCUCGGCAGGCGGCCCGCUCAGUGGCAUGGAUCCACAACAACUCCUCGAGUUUGCAAUGCGCAUGGCAAACGAUAAAGAUGCAGGAGAUGAUAUCGCAGGGGAGAUGGCAGACGCAAUGCUUGAAGGCGAAGAUGAGGAUGAUGAUGCAGAUACGGAAGAAAAUCUACUCUCAUGGGUAGCUCAACAGCGCAAUGCAAAUAAGGAAUCCACAGACGAUGCCCCUAAAUCGCCCAUCGCAGCGAUUAAGAGCAAACGUCCGCCUACCCCACCGUCUUCGGAAGCGAAUCGCAGCAUUCGCGCUUCGGCAACUUCUACACGCUCUGUACCGCCGCGCGCAGGGCUGAAAAGGAAGAUGGACGAGGAGGAGGUUGAGACUGAGGGUGCUACAAAAGUGGUAAAGAAGAGGGCCACGAGAUCCUUUGAUGCGCCUACGGCUGCUAGCCAGGCUCGAGCUGCACCAGCAAAAGCGACCAGGAGUACGCGCGGGAAGAAGUCUUAG